GUCGUGACGUGAGCAUCCCAACCAUCGCCUGGACAACCAGCGAGUUGGAGAGCGUCCGCUCAUCCAGGAGGUUGUGUGAUUACCUGGAGGCCGAGUGGCCCAGACUUGGCUUGCCGCGUGAUGUGCACAUCUUGGAACUGGGUGCUGGGGACGGUUGGCUGGGCAUGACCGUGGCCCGCAACCUGGUCGCGAUCUCAGGCCAAAGCACCACCAGGGUCACCGAUCAAGAGGGCUAUCGGAUCAGGUCAUUGAGUCAAAACGUUGCCUACAACGUUGCCAAAGGUUUACCCUUGGACAACUUGGGCCAUGGCGUGCUGGACUGGGAACAUCAGCAGGUUUGGUCGGAUGGCACCCAGGAGGGGACGCUUCACCUUUUGAUUGGCGCUGACGUGGUGGAGGAGUCAUCCGCACGUCAUUUGGCACGAACGAUCCGCGACUUUCUUUCGCAGAAGCAGGAGAUGCUGGUGUUGUUGGCGCAUCAGAUGAUGCGUUCCCUGGACGCCAAUGAAGCGUUCUUUCAGGCUUUGCAGAGCCAGCACCUGGAGCCCUGGAUCGUGGCGGCCGAAAGCCAGGCGAGCCUGGAGCUGAAGGAAGAAGCCAAAGGCGUGGUGAUUUUACAAAUUACUUGUCAAAAACAAGAUCAGUGGCUUUUACCCUGGAGCGAUUCAUUGACGGGUUUGGAAGAUACCUUCUAUGUUUGAAGCCUUCAAACUGACCGGAACUUCACAGGGCCUGAAACGGGCUGGCGAAU